CUUUGCCUUGCUAAGUAUACACUGCAGUGAACAAUGUCGUCCUCUUCCUCCAAUCAUUCUUCCUCAUCCAAACCUAACCCUUCAUCGAAGAAAACCCUCCCAUUACGAGAUAUUCCCGGUGGCUACGGCUUACCCUUUUUUGGACCCAUAAAAGACAGACGAGACUACUACUACAACCAAGGUACAGAUGAAUUCUUCAAGAGCCGAAUGCAAAAAUAUAACUCCACCGUCUUCAGAACCAACGUUCCACCAGGGCCUUUCAUGGCCAAAAAUCCCAAGGUUGUGGCAGUCCUGGAUGCCGUUAGUUUUCCAAUUCUUUUCGACAACUCUAAAGUUGAGAAGAAAAACGUUCUGGACGGCACAUUCAUGCCUUCCACUGACUUCACCGGUGGCUAUCGCGUAUGUGCCUUUCUCGAUACCCGUGAGCCUUCCCAUGCAGCCGUCAAAGGUUUUUUCUCAUCCCAACUCGCCAAGUUACACAACAAAUUCAUCCCAACCUUCCGCAGCUCCGUUUCUGAGCUGUUCGCCAACCUUGAAGGUGAGUUGGAUAAGGAGGGAAAGGCGAAUUUCAACCACCAUAGUGAUAAGAUUUCCUUUGACUUCAUCUUUCGUUUGUUUUGCGAUAAUAAGAACCCUGAUGAGACAGGUGUCGGCUCGAGUGGACCAAAAAGUUUCGAUAAGUGGCUUUUUCUUAUGCUUCACCCACUCAUAACGCUAGGGCUGAAAUUCGUACCGACUUUCGUCGAAGAUUUUUUGUUACACUCAUUUCCAUUGCCAUUUUUGUUUGUGAAAUCCGAUUAUCAGAAGCUGCAUGAUACCUUUGACAAGUAUGGGAGCGGAAUAUUGGAUGAAUCUGAGAAAUAUGGAAUCACAAGGGAUGAAGCCUGUCAUAACUUGGUUUUUCUUGCAGGUUUUAGUGCAUAUGGAGGCACGAAGGUCCUAUUUCCUGCUUUGAUCAAGUGGGUUGGCGCUGCAGGUGAGGAUUUGCACCGACAACUUGCUCAUGAAAUAAGAACAGUUGUCAAGGAAGAGGGAGGAGUUACGGUUUCAGCAUUGAACAAAAUGAGCUUGACCAAAUCAGUGGUCUACGAGGCACUGAGAAUCGAACCUCCAGUGCCUUUUCAAUAUGGAAAGGCCAGGGAGGACGUCGUGAUCAGUAGCCAUGAUUCGUCUUUCUUGAUCGAGAAAGGUGAAAUGAUCUUUGGGUAUCAGCCAUUUGCUACCAAAGAUCCGAAAGUGUUCGACAAUCCUGAAGAAUUUGUGGGGGAUAGGUUUUUGGGUGAUGGUGAGAGGUUGCUUAAAUACGUGUAUUGGUCUAAUGGAAGAGAGACCGAUAACCCUACCGUGGAUGACAAACAAUGCCCUGGAAAGGACUUGGUGGUGCUCCUGUCUAAGCUAUUGUUGGUUGAGUUCUUUCUCAGGUAUGAUACAUUUUCGGUCGAGGCUGCCACCAUCUUGUUGGGUCCCCUGGUUACUGUGAAGUCUUUGACCAAGGCCGACUGAAUUUAUCACGUAUCAGUUCAUUCAGACAGAGCUUGAUAAUUAAGCAGCCUUAUUGAAUAUUUCAAAACUAAUUAGUUUCACUGAUUUGCUCAUGAUUCUUGGGGUGAAGUAAGCGGUGUUCUUGCAUUUCCAUUUUCUUUGUAAACAUGUUUGUAUCUUGAUCUCAUUUGUUGGCUGUCUAGCAGUAAUAGCACUUCCGAUA